GACAGUUUUCUGCUCGUGUGGUUUGUGUGUAUUGUGUGCGCGCGGCUAGUUUUCUCUGUUUAACGGAUUAUUAUUUCACCGGAGAAUGAUAAUAGUCAUGUCUGCGAAGGUUUCAGGCCGUGUUUUGGACAGACUGUCAGUAAAAGUCUGAGGAAUGAAGAGUAAGAAACAGAAGUCUGUCAAACCUGGAAGCAACAUAAAGAAAGUUCCCAGUGAUGUCUCUCCCUCAACAAGCCUCCCACCUCUUGUUGAGGGCCAGUUGCGAUGCUUCCUGUGUGUGACUGUAAGCAGGGUGUUAUGGACCAUCCACAAGCCUCCAUCUCCAACAUUCAUCCGGCUGCGCUGGUGGGGAGAGUCAUCCAAUGGGACACAUUUCUUCCCAACAGAUGGAUUCCAGGUCACUCAGAAAACCGUCAAGAGCACAGCCCGUUACCCCAUCCGCUGCGGCCCAAAGCAGUUCACCUCAUAUCUUACAGAUAUGGGCUCUUUGGUGCUGGAGGUUCUGACUAAACCAGAUAAUUUACCAAUUGCUCGGGCUCAAGUAGCUGGCAUCUCCCGUCUGUCUCUGUCACAACCUAUUAGUGGGUUUUACACUCUUGUGUCACCAACCUCAGAAAAGCUAGGGGAGGUCCAGGUUUCCAUGAAUUUAGAGCCUCUGACUGAAGCCUACGGCAUCAGCUUAAGUCCCAUCAAAGACAUCAGCCCUGACAGGAUGCAGGUACCCAAACUGAUGGUACCCCUGCAGCCCAUAUCCCUCUCAGCUGGAGGUGGGAAAGAAUCAGCUGGGAGUAGUGGUGGAAACACACCAAGAGGAAAAGACCACUUGUAUUUUCAAAAUGUCCAGAAGGACAAGGAGAGACUAGAGAAUAAGAUUUAUACAGCCAGCAAAUGUCAAAACAGUCAACCCGCUUUGAAUCCCUUGACUGUGGAGUCUUCUCCUGGACAGAGAAACAAGGACAUCAUCUCAGUCAUUCUGGAGCGUGGAAACAAGCUUAGAAAUGCAAUGGUGGAAUCAGCUUUGAAAUGUGACAUGGAGUCUGCUCUGCCUCUAAAAGACAGUCCUCUGCCUCUCCCUAAGGACAACAUCCAACUACCUGUAGACUCCUUCCCUUCUACAUCGAGUAUGUUUCUUCAAGAUAUCCUCCACGCAGACUCAGCCCUGAAGCACUCUGAUGACGGAGCCUUCCCCUCAGGCAGCGCCUUGGACUGUCUUCCAGACAUGGAUAAAAGAGCUGUGGAUCUGCUGCUUGGCAGCUCUAUUACAUCUUCACUGCCACUCUGGGAUGUGCAAGGCUCCCCUCCCGAAUCUCUCUCUGGCCACAGCAGUGUGUGUGGAGACAGCGAGCUCAAUGAUCCACUGUAUGAUCAGAGCUUACUAGAAAAUUUGUUUUACAAAACUCCUCACCCAGAUACUGGACCAGGUGUUGCAGGGGAGGACAAUCAAAGAACAACAUUAACAAGUAAGAGUCAGCCAGAAAAACUGACACUGUCUGGACCUAGGAUCAGUCAAAGUCCAAACCUAGAGCGACAGCAGUCUGCAGAUGGUGGUGAUGACGUCUACCCUCCACUCAGUGCAGAGCAGUUCAAGUUGCUGAGUUUAACACAAAUUGCAAGAGUUACCAUCGAGUCACUGGCCUUACCUUCAGGCAUCUCAGCCACAACAACCAGAAAGACCUUCAAAGGGAAACCUCCACGACCGUUUCCCAGCAAGAAGUGUACAUAUUUUGUGGAGUAUGUUUUUCCGAUGACUUCAGCCUCAGGUCGGUUUGGUCGCAGUAAGGCUGGAGAUGUGGAGGUGACCAGAGCCGUUUCCAGUAAAGUCACUGUUGAAGCUGUGAAGUUCCACCAGCUCUCUGUGUUUCCUGUCCACUUCAGCGCAGCAGCAAUCAAACGGUGGUGGGAAACUGAGAUCAUUUUCAAGAUUUACUCAAGAAAGAGUGACCAGAAGAAACCUGUUGCUGUUGGUAAGGCUGUUCACCCACUGCGCUCUCUGCUGCAGAGCAAGGAGCUGAGUCAGUCUGUUGUUCUUCCGGUGCACAGCUUGGAGGGAGUGAGAGGAACACAGGAGACUGGACCUCUUAAAGUUUCCAUAGAACUAGGAACACACAUCAAAAGUUUCACUUCUGAAAAGACUGAAAAAUUGGCUGUGAGAGAUGCAUCGCCUUCAAAAAUUGCAGCCAGUUCUGAAAGAGAAACCUUUCGAAUAUCUCAACAUGUUGACCCUGAAAGGGAGUCCUUACCAGCUCCCCAUUUAUAUCAUCCCAGGCUGAAUGUUGGGACUCCUCAGAAACCUUUGACAGAACCGUCAAAUCAUCCCAGGAUCCAAACAUCUCCUUUUAAAUCUUCUCAGCAGGUUGAAGAGGACCCCGAGGUCCUUCUGCAUGCGUUACUCAUGGUUCCAGAUGGUAAGAACUUCAAGUGUGGGCCCCUGCAGGCUCCAAACAUCUUCUUGAACUGUAAGCUGUUUUGGUGUGAUGAGACAGCAAGAUCUACUGUCAGCUGGGGCCAGGCAAAUCCAACCUUCAACUUUGUUCAGGUAACACCAGUGGGCUUAACAGCAAAACUUUUAGAGAGGAUGAAGAAUAAUGUGAUGGUAAUUGAAGUGUGGCAGAAAACUGGAAGCUCUGGGAACGAUCGACUCCUCGGCCUUGCCAAAUUACCUUUACACCAGUUCUACAUGUCUUUUAGGGAUCCAAAGAUCACCCAGCUCCUACUGCAGGCGCAGUACCCUGUUUUAGGGGUAGACUGCUACAUGCCUGUUAUCGAUGUGUUCUCAGGUAGCAGCAGAGGAAACCUCAGGGUCCUUCUAGCUAUGGGUCGAGCAGAGCAGAUUGUCUCCCUCCAGCGCACCAGAGAUGAGGAGUAUGACUCUUUGUCUCAUGUAGUGAGACCGGUUCACAUGCUUGAUCACCAGCCACACUCACAAACAAAGGUAAAUACAGAACAAGUGAAAAUUAUGAGGGAGCAUGUGUUUGUCAUAAGAGUGGAGAAGGUCAGCGGACUGACCCCUCUGCAGUCCACAGUGUGGGGAGAGGCUGAUUGCUAUGUUCAGUACACUUUCCCCUCUCAGGAGUUUAACACUGCUUCAGAUGUUGAGCAGAGCCUCAUAGAGAGCAGCUUGAACCUGAAGCCAUUUCGCACCACCACCACGCUUUGUGUCCCAGACCCAGUGUUUGGUCACACUGAGACUCACGUUCUUCUGGCUCCUGAAGGAGUUCCUGUCCAGCGGCUGCUGCUCAGCUCCCUGUCAAGCAAAGGCCUGAGCAGUGGAGGCAUCCAGUUCGAAGUGUGGUGCAGAUAUUAUUAUCCCAAUGUCAGAGAUCAGCUUGUGGCCAGGGGAUUGCUUCCCUUGUCUAAAUUGUGUGCAAUGGCAACCAUGCAGAGGCAACAUUCUAACGAGGCUCAGAUGUUCUCCCUGCCCCUGGUUCCCAGGACUGAGGGCCACUCAGGAUUUCAACCUCAACCUUCAGGUUUACUGGAUGUGUGCAUUCGAUACAAGCAUAGGCCUGUCCAACCUGAAGGCCAAGCUGGUAGGGGAACGGCUUCCCGUGUUGUGACGCUUGUUGUUCAAGUGCACAGAGCGUCUGGUCUGAAGGCAGCUGCAAGGGCGAUAUCAGAAGAAAAUGAUCAGUUCAGGUAUUUAAUGGAUGUCGGGUUGAACCCUUACAUCACGGUUCACCUGUCCUUCUUACCUGAGACUGAGAGGAGGUGUACCCGUACUGCAGCCAGGACCUUCUGCCCUGAAUUUGACCACCACAUUGAGGUGACCUGUGAUAUGCUGCUUCACAUGAGCAGUGGAGAAACCUGCAGCCUGGCUGAGCAGCUGGAGCAAACAUCUGCUGUCUUUACUGUCUGGAACAGAGACAACCACAAAGCAACGAAUGUUCCUAAGCCAACAGAGAUCAUGUUGGGUACUGUGAAAAUACCGUUGGUUGAUCUGAUUUAUAGGAGAACAGGUAUCUCUGGCUGGUUCGGGCUGAAUUUAGUUUGUGAAAAUCGUCCUUCAAAGCCUGAGCACAUCUUGGUCGGGGGCCUUGAGGUUUCCAUCAGCUUCGCUCACCACUCAGACAGAGAAAGGGUCAUUAAAGCUGCUCAGGGUUUGGGCUGGGAAAUGCCCCAAAGUGACUGUGCACCGCUGGACGAUGAAGAAUGCUGGGAAGAAGGCAUGAGAAAACUCUCUCUGACUUUUUCAAUGCCUAAAGCAUGGCUUCCUCUCCAUUGUCUGCUUCUGCCCGGCCUCAGGGAGCUUCAGCGCUCUACUUACUGCUACCUCAGGUACAAGUUCUUCGACCAGGAUGCCUUCUGCUCUCGGCUGAAGCACCCAUGUGUUGAGAAGGGUGGGGAGGGCAACCAAGCCAUGGUGAGUUUUGAAGGAAGUAGAACUGUGGAGCUGAGCACCACUCAGCCUUUGAUGUGGUAUCUGCGAGAGGAGAAGCUGGAGGUGCAGGUGUGGGUCACUUUCUCAAAAAACAGAACUACAAGGCCCAGUGACUCAGACCGACUGCUGGGGUCAGCGUUUGUUGAUCUGUCCUCUCUUGCAACAACUCCCAUGCAGAAGCUGUCUCUCAGUGGAGUGUACCCACUGUUCAUGCGCUCUGCAGCUGAUCUACAAGGUGCAGCUCUCAGGGUGCACAUCACAUCAUCAGCUGGUCCCAUUCCCACAAACCUGCCAGCUGCACAUGACACCCAGGUGGACUCUGACAUUCAGGAGGAGAUCUUAUUGGGAGAAGUGGAAGAAGCAAAUGGCUCCUUGUCUUCUUUUACUCCCAGGAAACCAUCACACGACCAAAGCACACACAGAAGUAAACCCUCGAGAGCAACUCCAGACAUCACAUCUGUGCAUCACACAGAGGUGAGCGUGGAAGACUCUUUCCCUGUGACUGUGGCAGUGGACCGAGCCAUGCACCUGAAUCUGAAAGGUUGUCCUCUAGCUGAGCGCACUGAAGGGACUCCCUGCUGCUGUGUUUCAUAUGUCACAGCAGACUCCUCUGAACCAGUUUCCACAUCUGUUGUAACCAACACUGAUUGUCCUGUCUGGGACCAUCAACAUGAGUGCAGGCUUUCCAAGGAGCUUCUGGUUGAUCCACAACAGUCUCUUGUUUUUAAAGUCUGGCACAAAGGAGAAAUAGAGCGGGUGAUUGGAUUUGCCACUGUAGACCUGUCUCCUUUACUCUGGGGUUUCCCAUCAGUGUGUGGUUGGUACAACAUCACAGACUUCAGUGGUCAGUGUCACGGUCAGAUUAAAGUGUCUGUAACUCCUCUGAGGGGAGUCCAGGACCUGCGUGGGCAGAGAAAAAACGUGACUGAAGAAGCUGCCAAAACCUCAUCAGCUUUGUUUCAGGCCGUUCCUCUCAGCUAUCAAACGACAGCCAUGUACAGCAGCUUCCCCUCCCACAUCAGCAGAUUCCCUGAGCAGAAGAUCUCGUCACCAAACCACAGCGACAAGAUGUCCUCUGAAAGGCCCAUUGAGAGCGAUCGCCAUAUUGAACACAUGGACAAAGUACGUCUUUACCAUCAGAAUCUGCAAGAACAAACAGCCUCUCACUUUGCAUGUGGCGGCUCAACCAGUGACAUCCAUCCCUCCAGCUCGUUUUUGUUUUCAGCACUCAAGAGAAAACUUAGUGAGCUGGACAACAUUCAGAGAUACUUCAAUCGUAAGCUUUCUACUCCUACGUUCCCACCUACAACUGAACAAGACAACCAGGAGGUGGAUCAGAGACUCCUGGAGACCGACACGAGUCAGCUGCUUCUCAAGUCCAACCAGCUUGUUGGGGAAGUCAACAACAUCGUUAGUGGUCUACGUGGUCAGUUUCUAGAAACGAUUCCCUCUGACACACAGAGCUCCUCAAACUCACCUGUUGAAAUCAGCAGCCCUCAGCUCAUCCCAGACAGCAUGUCCAGCCCAAACAGAGCGAUCGAUGAGUGUUUGGGUGUUGGUUCUUCAUUGCCAUUACUGCCUACCAAGAUCUCUCAGCACCAUAGAGACUCUGACCAUGAAGAAGAGGAGGACAAACAUAGCAACAAGGAUAACCUGUCAGAGGAAGAACACCAAGAGGAGACAGAUUUUAGACAGGAUGAGGAAGGUGGUGAUGAUGAAGAGGAUGAGGAUUUUGAGGAGGUGGUGCUGAAGCCAAGACAUCUAAAUGAGGUUACAACAUUAACAGACAGAACUAGCCCUUGGACCAGCAUCCUGUCAGAACCUGAUCUGGUUUCUGUGGAGAGCAUCGAGUCAGAUAUGAGUGAGAAUGAGGACACAAGUCAGGUGGCAACUCUAGAAAGUGGUGUUUCCAAUGAGAAACACAUAGAAGAAGUUUACCAUCAUAGUUCCGAUGAGUCAGCAAGAGACGCAUCAGAUACAGAGAGAGAUUUUAACAGGAUGCAAUCUAUUGAUCAGACACAACAAAAGGAGUCAAACAACCCCAACAAGUCCAGUGAUACGUCACCAACUCCACAGCCUGCCACUGACUUCAGUACUGCAGGAACUCAGGACAUAAAUCAAAAGCAGCUCCAACCCUUAUUACCUGUGGAGGUCCCUAAUUUCUUCCUCCCAUCUCAGCAGCUGGAGGCGUCACUGAGAGCCAUUCGUUUAGCACCAUCUUUCUCCCAGACAUCUUAUGACUCUGAUCAGAACAUCUCAGAUCUGCGCAUAGUUCCCCAUCGCAGAGGUCCUCGGCAGCGACCUGACAUGUCACCUUCAUCCCUGAAGAAACAGACGGAGAGAAUCGCAAAAAUAUUUGCAGCUAAUUUCGAUAAGUCCAGUUAGUGCUGUUUGCUGUUCAUACUCAGUGGUUUUAGACAACAAAGCAAUCAUGUAAAUUAAUUGUUAUAUUUGUAUCUUUUAUAAAUAAAUGUAGACAAUUUUCAGCACUUUGAA